CUAAGAUUAGAUAAAUAAAAUGGUUGCCAGUUGUGAGGGUGAAAGUUCUAAACUUGUUGCAGUUCCUCCCGUUCAGCAGUAGCCUUGACCCGGGGUACUGGCAGGAGUUAGGGAAGAGGAAACUUGAAGAGUAUCAGCUAAGAGAGAACCCGAGAAGAUGAGAAAGAAUAUCAACAAAAUGAGGUUCAAGAGACCCUUACAAUGUUAGAGAGUGCCAAUCAGAACUUCACCACUCGUUAUAAAGGAGGACACAGCAAGUGGCAUCAGCUUUUGGGAUUGUUGGUUUUAUCAGAUUCCUUGAAGGCUAUUACAUUAUUGUCAUCACCAAACGAAAACCUGUUGCUAAUAUUGGUGGUCAUAUAUUGUAUAAGAUUGAAGACACUGCCAUGCACUGUCUGUCUGCUCCUACUGGUAGGCCAGCUCAUCCUGAUGAAUCAAAAUACGUUAAAAUAUUUCAAAAUGUUGACCUAUCGUCUAAUUUUUAUUUCAGUUAUUCUUAUGAUGUAACUCAUUCCCUUCAGUUCCGAAUGAGGACUUCAGAGGGUCCUAUGCCUCCGUCCUGUCUUAGGUUCAUAUGGAAUGAGUACUUACUGGAGAACCUUGAGGGCUUCGUACACUCAAGAUGGAUACUCCAUAUAAUAUGUGGAUUCAUCUCACAAAUCAGUGAGUGAUGAAUGACCAU